GGUGGUGCAAAGUGUCACAAACCAAACCUGUUUUGAAGGAACACAUUUCAUACUCUAUAGUUUCUAGAUCUCUGUUUACAGUCAAUAUUAGCAGAGAAUUCACAAGGAAAUCUCAACUAGUCGGUUAAGAGGAAGGGUCAGCGGGUGGGCUUCUCACAGCUGCCUGUGAACAGCCCAGAACGUCACGGUUCUGUUUCUUCUGUUUGUUUUUGAUUGAUAUGGGACCAGACCAGUCCUCUUCAGGAUUCUGAGGCCUCCUCUCUGAGAGUUAUAAUGAGUUAUCAUCAGGUGGCUAAGGGUGGAGCCAUCCCUAAAGAAAGACAGAAGGAUGGGUCACCAAACAAGGAUCUUGAUGAGACCGUGGACCCUGAUAUGAGGGGCCAAUCAGAGAGAGCAGAGUCUAUUUCCUCUGGUUUUCUAUCAAUCAAGACUGAAGCGAUCCAUGGAUAUCCCUGUUCAUUUCAAAGGAGCAGACUCUCUACAAAACAAAGGGCCAGUAGACGUAUCCUGUGAUAUCUGCUCUGAGGUCCAAGCUGUGAAGUUCUGUCAGUCCUGCAGUGUGUCCUACUGUGAGACCCACAUCAGACAGCACUAUACAAUAUCUAAACUACAGAAACACACACUGGUGGAUGUGACUGGAGACCUGGUGCAGAAACUCUGUCAACAUGACUACAGUCUUCUGGAGGUGUUCUGCAGGACAGACCAGAUGAUGAUCUGCAGUCAGUGUGCAGAGACAAACCACAAAGGACAUGAUACCAUCCUCCUUGAGACAAAGAAAGCAGGAAGACAGCCUAAGAGUUUUGAUAGAGACCAACACACAACGUUGGCCUCUGAUGAUGUGCUGCCCCCUCCUGGUGACAUCCAGGUCCUGUUGCUGACGUCAGACUCUGUGUCUCUGAGCUGGGGUCCUCCUGAAGGGUUGAAGGGACCACAGAAGUUCAGAGUGACCUGGGGUUGUGACGUGGAACCGCGCAGUAUAGGGGUGAAAAAUGUUCAUGAAGUUGAAAUAAGCAGACUCAACCUUGGUAAAAAGUACCAGUUCAGUGUGGCUACAGAGGGAGAAGAUGGAAGACAAAGCAGAUGGGUCUCAGCAUCCCUAUCUGCAGGUACAGUAGGUCUCAGCAUCCCUAUCCACAGGUACAGUAGGUCUCAGCAUCCCUAUCCACAGGUACAGUAGGUCUCAGCAUCCCUAUCCACAGGUACAGUAGGUCUCAGCAUCCCU